AUGCAGAAGCUGCCGCCGCUGCAUCUGCUGAAGCAGCCCCACGAAACGCCCUUUCUCAUGCCCCCCUCGCAGCAGCCUCCGAACCCCGAUGGACAGCAGCAGCUGUUGCAGCCAGACGAGCUGCAGCAGCAGCAGCAGCAAGGCUUGCCGCAUCUGUUGCAGCCUCUUCCUGUUGCAGCAGCCGAGCAGCACGUCAGCAGUAAUAACCCGCUGGAGUUGCUGCAGCCGUCCCUUCUGGCGAAUGAGGUGCCUCUCCAGCCACCUCCCGCCCCCAGCAGCAGCAGUAGCAGCAGGGACAGCAGCAGCAGCAGCAGGGAGAGCAGCAGCAGCAGCAGCAAUAGUAGUAGCUGCCGGGAGCUUUGUCACCCGGCCUUAGGAGUAUCCGAUCCCGCAACUUCCACCACUGCAUCUUGCGGCAGCCACAGUAGCAACAGCAGCAGCAGCAGCAGCAAUAGCAGCAGCAGCAGCAACAACGGCUGUGAAAGAUACAGCUGCAGUACGGAGCCUGUGGUAUCAGCUUCUCAGCCAUUUGGAUACCCUACAUGUAGCGGCAGCAACAGCAGCAGCAGCAGCAGCAGUGGCGGCGGUUUACACUUGGGGGAUGGCGAGACCCCCAUAGUGGCUGCUGCCGCUGUAGCUCCUGCUGCUGCAGCUCCUGCCACUUCCGUUGCUGCAGUUGCUUCUGUUGCUGCUGCUGCCAAUGCUGCGCCUGGAGCAGCUGCUGCUGAGGGAGGGCAACAAGGAGCGAGCCCACCAGCAGUAGUAGAAGCGCCAGUAUGUGCAGCAGCUGAUUGUGCAGCAGCAGAUACUUCUGCAGCAAGUCAUCCUGCUGCUGCAGCAGCUGAUACUGCAGCUGCUGGCGCUGCAGCAGCAGAUGACGCUGCGAACAGCACCAACCGGCGUCCACACCGUAGCCGCCGCCGCAAGGGAGGCAGCAGCAAAGGGCACAAGAAGAAUGGUGCUGCUGCUGCUGGAAGGCGAAGAUGUGCCUGCAGCAGCAGCGUGCGUUUGCUGCCAGCUUGGCGGCCUCCCCUCUCAUUGCUGCAUGGGGAGGAGGCCCUGCUGCAGCCGCGGGUUUACCAGAGGCAGCUGGACUUUCCGCUGCCGAUGGUGCAGCAGCAGCAAGAAGAUAUGCUUGACUUUGCUUUUGACGAGGCAAGUCUGCUGCCUCUACAGCAGCCAGAAAUGAAGGCCCCCCCUUUUGCAAAUGCCCUGGAGCAGGCUGCAACAGAGGCUGCUGCUGCCCACCGAGAUAUCUUUCUCUGGUUUGCGAGGGGGAGUGAGCCUGGGCGGCUCCAGCUCAGGAGCCAGAGCUACGCUGCUGCUGCUGCUGCUGCUGCUUCUACUGCUGCUGCUGCUGCUGCGGCAAAGGAAGCAGCAGCUCGCGAAGCGGUGGCAGCUCCUGCUGCAGCUAAUGACAGCCAAGAUGCUGACGGGCCAGCCGCUGCUGUUGCAGGCGGCAGCAGCAAUCUCGGCAGCUCCGCAGGGGAUCCUGCAGAGGAGCAGAACCCAGUGGGAACAGCAGCAGUAACAGCGGAAGCGGAGAGCUCUGCGGCUGCUGCGGCUAGUGACGAUGACACCGAAGAAGUAGCAGCAGCAGCUGCUGCUGCUGAGGAGCAAAAGAUACAAGAGGUGUUGGAGGCGCUCCCUUUGCUGCAGACCCUGGAGGGUCUGCUGCACCGCCACAUGCUGCAGCUUGAGCGGCACCGGGAACCGCUGCUGCCUCGGCAGAAGCAGCAGCAGCUGCUGCUGCUGCUGCUGCACCUCACUCGGGUGCGGCCGCAGCUGCGGCCAGCGCUACUUGACCCCCAUGUCUCCGUAGAUAGCAAGGAGAAGGUCUUGUCGUUGCUGCUUGUGGAGGUGCUGCUUCUGACUGGCGAGCAGCUGCAGCAGCAAUGCUCGCAGGUUGUGCAAGCAGCAGAAGAAGCCGGCAGCAGUUCCGUUGCAGCAGCAGCAGCAGAGGGAACCAAGAUGGGAGCGCGGCUGCUGCAGCUGCUCCAUCGCCUGGGGUCCCGGGGAGCUGCUACUCGGGGCGAUCCCAACGUUGCUGCAGCUCGCGAGGCGUUGCUGCAGACAGUAACGCAUCUGUGGGAGCAGCAGAAGCAGCAACAACCGCAACACCAGCAGCAGCAGCAGCAGCAGCAACAACAACAGAAGCAAGCAGCCCACACGUUGUUGCAGGUGGUAUCGCGUUUGGAGUCUUUACCUGCAAAUGUGUUGAUUCAGCUUCCGAAGCAACUGCACAGCUUUCGUGAUCAGGCGCACAUGCUGCAGCAUUUGGGGGUGCAGCUGCUGCUGACGCAGCGGCAGCCGCCGACGGAGGACGCUGCUGCUGCUGCUGCUGCUGCGCCGAGUGCAGCGAAGACUUCCGCGCCAGCUUCUGCUGCAGGCGGCCAACCGACGUCGCCACCCCCUGCACCGUCUCAGCAGCAGCAGCAGCAGCAGUCGAAUGCCUCGGCUACUGCAGGGGUACGGGUUGCUGAUGCAACUUUGAAAGCAAGCGAGCAGCAGCAGCAGCAGCAGAGUGCUGGCAGCAAGAGCAGCCCUGCGGGGCUGCAGCAGAAGAAGACUUCGCGAAAGGGAGUAGGCAUGUCGGGCUGGGCUUUGUUUGCGAAAGAGAAGAGGUUGGAGUUGCUGCAGAACGGGCAGCUCACAGGAGACACGCUUCCAGAGCAGACGAGUUGCGUGGCGAAGUUUUGGCAUGCGCUCUCCAAAGACGGGAAGGAGGCCUGGGGACGUAGAGCAGAACAGCUCAACCGACUUGCAGCAGGAGAACGGGAUAGGGAAGACGAGAAGAAGUCGCAGCAGCAACAGCAACAGCAACAGCAACAGCAGCAGCAACAGCAGCAGCAGCCCAGCACUCCCUCAGUAGCACCGAGCAAUGGGGUGCACGCGACAGCGCAGCGGAGUACCCCUCAGAGCUCUCAGCAGCAGCAGCAGCAGCAGCAGCAGCAUGGGGCAACACCUGUAGGCAGCGGUGGGGCCCAUCCGAGGCCGCAGCAAGCUUUGCAGCAAACGCCAUCUCCUGCGGGUAUGCAUAAGCAGCAGCAACAGGAGCAGCAGCAGCAGAGUUCUUUUGCAAAGAAGAGCCCUUUAACGGCCCCUAAGAAACGAAAGAGAGGAGGCCCUGGAGAGAAGACAAACAGCCAAAGGGGUUAUACAGCAUUUACUCUGUUUGCGCGAGAGACCCGUCUUAACUGCAAAGAAAUGGGCAUAGACUGCGGUGCUUCUCUGAGCGAGCAAAACACCUUCAUUGGAGACAGGUGGAGGCAGCUCUCGGCGGAAGAGAAGCGAAGCUUUCAGUCCCGCGCCCGCGAAGCAAACGAGGCUUGGAAGAAGCAGCAGCUGGAGCAGGGACAGCAGCACCAGCAGCAACAGCAACAGCAGCCGCAGCCACAGCGGCCGCAGCAGCAGAUGCAACAAUCCAGCACCAAACAAAAUUCACACCCUCAAACCUCAUUAACUCCGAGUAUGCAGCAGCACCAACAACAGUCACCAGCGCAGAAGCAGCAGCAGCCCGUUGCUGCUCCUCAACAAGUCCAGGCAGCAAGGGGGCCGCCGCAGCAGCAGCACCGCCCACUGCCGCAGCAACAGCUGCAGCAGCAGCCGGCUAUGCAACAGACACCCCAAGCGCUGCAGCAGACGGCUCAGGCGCUGCCACAGGCCUUCCGACCUGCCCAGCAGCAGCAACAGCCACAGCAGCAAGAGCAGCAGCAGCAACAGCGGCAACAGUGGCUGCUGCCCCCAGCCAACUCUCCCAGUGGAGUGCUGCGAGGCCCCUUGCCAGUUGAUGGCUCGGCUGGUGCUGCAGCAGCAGCUGCUGCAGCAGCUGGUACGCCUGGGCUGUCUGGUGGUCCUGGUGCAAUGCUUGCCCCGUUGCAGGACCACCCACGACAGCAGCAAAUGCAGCAGCACGUGCUGCUGCAGCACCAGCUGCAACCCCACAGCAUGCUUAGUCCAGAUAUGGGUUGGCAGCAGGCGCAGCGCCCGCUGCAGAGACCUCCGGCCUAUCAGCAGCAGCAAGGCCAGGUGCAGCAGGUGAUGCCACAGCAGCAGCAGCAGCAGCAUUCCGUCGCACGCCCCCUGAAUGUAUCAAAUUCGCCUUCUGCUCCUCCUGCUGCCUUUGCUGCUACGGCAAGGCAGCUGGACACAGAGGUGGAACAUAAGGCGGGCGCGCCAUCUACUGCAGCUCAGCAGCAACCUUACUUCACUGCACCGCAGCAGCACCUAGGCAUCCCUCCGGGGGGCCCGCGGCGGUGGCCAGAAGCAGAUGCUGCUGCGCCUCCGCCUGGGCCUCCUGCGUUUUCCUAUGUGCAGCAGCACGGUGCAGCUCCUCCCAGCUCGCCCAGCAAAGGGCACACCCGCCGGGCUGCUGCUGCUGCCGCUGCUGCUGCUGCUUUGGAGGACUCCUGGAUCUCUGGGGCUGAGGGAGGUGAUGGAGGCGCAUCAGCAGCAUCAUCAGGGGGUGAGAAUCACACUGAGUCUCCAACCACUGCAGCAGCAGCGAACGAGAGUAGCAGCAGCAGGAACAGCAGCAACGGCAGCAGCGGUGGCGACGCACCUGGAGGUGAGAAGGGUCUGACCGACACUGCGGCUCCCUCUGUCUCUGCAGCUACCGAAGCAGCAGCUGCAGCAGCCCAAGAAGCCCAGAGUGCCGGUCCGGCAGAAGAUGGCAACGCUGGGGAGCUGCAGCGGCAGCAGCACGGAGAGAUAGUGCCGCGGCAGCUGCGACAGCAGCAAGCGCGCAUGCAUGUUGAAGCUGAAAAGGAACUAAGCAGCAGCAGCAGAAACAGCAGCGGCAGCAAGCGGCACCGCCUUCUCCGGCCUGCUGCCGCAGCAGCCUCCAAGGCAGCAACAGCACGCAGAUCGCCUGGAGAAGUUAAAGGCCAGAGCAGGAGCGACAGCGAAAGGAGCUGCAGUGCAGAGACUUUCAGCAGCAGCACGAGUGAGAGCAGCAGGAGCUCCAGCGAGAGCAGCAACAGCACCAGCGACGAAGCUGAGGAGUCGGAGGCAGCAGCCGACAGCAGCGACGAAGAUUUCGUUCCCACACGGACCCCCACCCGCCCUGGGCGGCGACUUCGCAGAGGAGCAGCAACAGCAGCUGCUGCUGCUGCUGGAAAGGAAGAGAGGGGACGCAAAAACGCAAAGGGAUGCAGCAGCACAGCAGCGAGGGGCAGGGCUCAGAGGAGCUGCGGCAGCAGCCGCGAGAAACGUGGCGGUGCUGCUUCUGCUGCUGCAGCAGAUGAAGUGUCCCCACAAGCAGACGCUGCUAUUCAAAAGACAGCAGCGGCUCCGAACAAGCCGGUGACGCUGUGGGACUUAGUUAAGCGGAACAUUUGCAAGAAAACAGCAGCAGAUAGAGCAGCACGAAGGGGUGCUGCUGCAGCAGCAAAGGGCACAACAGAGGGCGGCGCUGACCAGGCCGACGAUCCCUUCGCGCUGCUACUCUCCCCGACCCCGCAGCAGCAGCAGCAACAGCAGCAGCAGCGUCAGGUUGGGAGUACGCCUUCAGCUGCAAGCGGAGAUGGGACGGAUCUUGAGGGGCUCUUCGAAGCCCCAUCUGGAGACGCCGGAGGCGCGAACUCACUGCGCCUUGACUCUUCCGGGAACCUGGUGGUAGCAGAUGGGCCCAAAGAGGCAUUUUGCUGCAGGUGCCUUGGCAUGCCAGGGUUGUUGGGAGGAACCUGCGUAUGUUCAAGUGGCCAGCAGCGACGAGUUCUUGAGGAAGACCUGACCUCAAGAGGAGCCUUCGCGCUGCAGCCUUAUGAAGGGGCAUACAAGAAAACCAAGCGAAAGCGCUGGACCGAAGAGGAAACGCGCAAGUUUUAUGAGUGUUUGUCUUGCUGCGGCACGGACUUGCUGCUGAUUAAGACAAUGAUGCCUGGAGUGACAGACGGCCAGCUGAAGAGAAAACUAAAAAUAGAAGAAAAAAGAAACGCAGCGCAGGUGGAGGCGGCGCUGUCUCGGAAGCGUUCACUGUCUCUGCAGACGUACGAGCAGCUUCACGGGUCCAUCCGGAGGGAGUUGCAUUGUCAGCCCUUUAACGACUCAGACGAGGAACCGCCCCCCAGGGCGUUAGGGAAUGGGGCUGUUGCUGCUGCAGUACCGGCCCCGCCCUCCAGCAGCAGCGGCGGCGGCCUGCUGGCGCUGUUGGGAGAGGAGACAGCUGGAGACACUUUGGGUGUGCCACCAGAGGGGACAGACCCUGCAGGGAUUGUCUCCGUCUCUGCAGGAGGGACGGCCUCGGAGCCGCUUGACUCUUCUUUAAUGGCGCUGUUAGGGGGGCCCUUUUAG